AUGGGCCUCCUUUCAAUACUUCGAAAGCAAAGAGAAAGGGAACGUGAGAUUCGAGUGCUAAUUCUCGGUCUUGACAAUGCAGGCAAGACCACUAUAACGAAGAAGUUUCUUGGCGAAGAUCUGAGUUUGGUGGAGCCCACACUCGGAUUCAACAUAAAAACCGUGGACUUCCAAGGAUUUACGAUAAACUUUUUGGGAUGUUGGUGGACAGAAGAAGUCUACGUUCAUAUUGGCGUAAUUAUUUUGAGCAAACAGAUGCGCUUAUUUGGGUUGUUGAUUCUGGAGAUCAAGCGAUUGGUUGCGUGCCGUAAUGAGUUGAGAUCACUUUUGGGAGAAGAACGGCUCUCAGGAGCAUCACUGCUAGUUCUUGCGAAUAAGCAAGGACCUGCCCAGCGCAGCUCGUGUGACCGAUAUCGCCAAGAUACUGGAGUUAGAGGAAAUCAAAUCGCACCAUUGGCGUAUCUACAGCUGCAGUGCAAUGACCGGUGA